AUGAGUGCAAAAAGAAAGAGCUACUCCGUGGAGUACAACAAAGGAAUCGUGGAAGACUCUUGGGGCCAAAAUCUUACUGCUUUCUGUAAAGAGAAGAUGUUGAGUAUCCGAUUGGUCCAAAAAUGGCGAGCAGAGUGUGGUAACCUCAUUGAACAAGUGGACAAGGGAAAUGCUGAAAAGUGCAAGUGUGGAUCAGGUCGGCAACCAUUAUUUUCUGAGCUGGAAGACCUGAUCUGUGAAUGGGUUGUUGACAGGAGAGCAAAGGCUUUGGUUGUGAAUAGGGCUCAGAUUCAACAAUUUGCCCUUGCAAUGGCACCACAGUUUGACAUAGCCCCCGAAGACUUCAAAGCAUCACAACACUGGCUGGAUAAUUUCCUUCAGCGAAGUGAACUGUCUUUAAGAAGAUCCACAACAUUGUUUAGGCUGGAAGAUACUCAAGUUACUACCAUACCAUAUACAGUUAACCUCUAUUCCACUAUGUCACUGUUCAACCAAACUACUGAUGACCACCAGACCUUCUUCACACUGACUGGGAUUCCAGGAAUGCCAGAAAAGGAUUUGUGGAUGGCCUUACCCCUCUGUCUUCUGUACAGCACCACGUUUCUGGGCAAUGUCACCAUCCUUAUUGUGAUCAAAGUUGAACAAAGUCUCCAUGAGCCCAUGUAUUAUUUUCUGGCCAUGUUAGCUGCCACUGACCUGAGCCUUUCACUAUCUUCCAUGCCCACCAUGGUCAGUGUCCACUGGUUCAGCUGGCGGUCAAUAACUUUUAAUGCCUGUAUCACCCAGAUGUUCUUCAUCCACACCUUUGGGGGAGUGGAAUCAGGUGUUCUGGUGGCCAUGGCCUUUGAUCGUUUUGUGGCCAUCCGCUUCCCUUUGCACUAUGCUACCAUUCUUACUCAUCGUGUCAUUGGCAAAAUUGGAGCAGCCAUCCUGCUGCGGAGCAUGGGGGCUGUGCUCCCCGUGCCUUUCCUCAUCAAAAGGCUACCGUUCUGCCACUCUAUUGUCCUCUCCCAUGCAUACUGCCUCCAUCAGGAUGCCAUGAGGCUUGCCUGUGCUGACACAAGUGUCAAUAGUAUCUAUGGCCUGUUGGCGGUGAUCUUCAUUAUUGCAUUUGAUGCCUUGAUCAUUUUAGUCUCCUACAUUCUAAUCCUCCAGGCAGUAUUGGGCAUUGCUUCCCGGGAAGAGAGGUUCAAGGCUAUCAACACCUGUCUCUCUCACAUCUGUGCAGUGCUGCUUUUCUAUGUGCCUCUCAUUGGCAUGGCCUUGAUUCAUCGCUAUGGGAAGCAUCUAUCACCAGUAACACACACAUCCAUGGCCAAUGUCUACCUGCUGCUCCCUCCUGUGCUCAAUCCCAUUGUGUACAGUGUCAGGACCAAGCAGAUUCGAUGGCGCAUCAUCCGGGUGUUCUGUGGGGGCAAGGUUGGCCCUUAA